AUGGAGCCCACUGGACCCAGAUGCCCGGAAAGCAGAGGGCAGCCCAAACAAGCAAGCAUUUUGGAGGAUGCCAAGGCCUUUUAUGAGAACCUCUCUCCCCAAAGGAAGCCCAAAUCGCCAAAGCCCCAGCACGCCAUCACCAUUGCUGUGUCCUCCCGAGCCCUCUUCCGUAUGGAAGAAGAGCAGAAGAUUUACACCGAGCAAGGCGUGGAGGCCUACGUGAAGUAUCAGCUGGAGCACGAGGAGGAGCCCUUCCUGCCCGGAGCAGCCUUCCCUUUUGUCAAGGCUCUGGAAUCAGUCAACUGCCGGCUGCGGGAACUCUUCCCAGACAGCGAGGAGCUCUUUGACAUUGUCCUCGUGACCAACAACCACGCUCAAGUGGGCGUUCGCUUGAUCAACAGCAUCAACCAUUACAAUCUCUUCAUUGAGAGGUUUUGUAUGACAGGCGGGAACAGCCCCAUUUGCUACUUGAAGGCCUACCACACCAACCUCUAUUUAUCCUCGGACUGUGAGAAAGUGAGUGAGGCCUUAGAAGAGGGGAUUGCAGCUGCCACUAUUUUCACCCCCAAGAAAGAUGUGCAAGUCUCGGAGAAGCAGCUUCGUGUCGCCUUCGACGGAGACGCGGUGCUGUUUUCAGACGAGUCGGAGCAGAUUGUGAAGGCUCAUGGCCUGGACAUGUUCUUCGAGCACGAGAAGGCCUAUGAGAACAAGCCUCUUGCUCAGGGGCCACUGAAGGGCUUCCUGGAAGCGCUGGGGAAGCUCCAGAAGAAGUUCUACACCAAAGGCCUCCGCCUGGAAUGCCCCAUUCGCACCUACCUGGUCACAGCUCGAAGUGCUGCCAGUUCCGGGGCCCGAGCCCUGAAGACUCUCCGGAGUUGGGGGCUGGAAACGGACGAGGCCCUCUUCCUGGCCGGCGCACCCAAGGGCCCCCUGCUGGAGAAGAUCCGGCCACACAUCUUCUUUGAUGACCAGAUGUUUCAUGUGGAGGGAGCCAAGGAAAUGGGCACGGUCGCCGCCCACGUUCCUUAUGGGGUGGCCCAGAAGUACAAGCUCUCAGGACAAAGACAGGCAGCUCAGGACGGCAAGUAGUGCCCAGGGCUGGGCUGGGCUGGGCUGGGCCAGCGCUCGGUGGAGAAUGAAGUCUCGCUUGGCGAGUGCCAACUUCUAGGAUGGCCAGAACCAAAGGUACUGGGACGGUCCAUGAAGGAUCUGCUGCCGCCUGUACAGGUGGCACUUUAUGCUCCUCCCCCACCGGCACCGUAGUGUGGCCCACCCCCUCCUGCAGGGCCCCCAGAGCAUCUCCAGGGGCCCCUCCCUAAGCAAGGGUGCCUCCAGACCGAGAGCGCUUUCCCUUCCUCCAGCAGGGGAUCCUUUGGCACCUGGGGACAUUUUCCUGUGACCCGUGCAUCCCCGGUGAACUGGACAUACGUCACCCUCUCUCAGGUGCAGCAUGCAGUAAUUGUGGACGGGGCCCCUGGAAGCCUUGUCAAAAGUCCCGCUUGCAACGUUUGCUGGUUUGCAAAAAGGCCCUUGGUCGCUGGUUACAGGGCAGAGACCAGCUUGACCAGCUGAGGGGGGCCUGCUGUGGAAGAGGGGAGCCAGCAGAGGCAAACACACACACACACACACACACACACACA